UGGCAAUAGGCCAAUAACUUUAUAACUUCCUUUUUUUCCUCUCAUCUCGUAAACCCUCACCCCCAUUCAAAUUAGGGUUUUACACUCCCUAUUCAUCUCACACAGUACCUACACACACAGAAGCGACAGACGAUCUGAAAUCGAAUUACAGAAAUGAAUAGUCUCCUCUUUAAAACUUCUUCCAAGAGACUCACUAACCUUGCUUCCCUUACUACUUGCAACCCGCUCAAACACCUUCUCGUUCCUUCAUCCACACCACCCUCACCCGCAAAUCGUAAAGAAUCUCCUAGCGAGUCUCAAACUUCCCAUCCAAAGUUUGGGUUUUUGAGGAGUUUUCAUGGGUCACGAUGGGCGAGUAUCAGGGCUUCCGAUGUGUCAACACAGGCUGCGGGAUUUGCGGUUGCCGCCGAUCACGCUUACGACGGUGACAGGGGUACGUCUUCCGAUGGCCUCGAGAUCUCUAAGCUUGGGAUUAAUCAAGAGAUUGUCUCGGCUCUUGCGAAAAAGGGUAUAACCAAGCUCUUUCCCAUUCAGAGGGCUGUGCUGGAGCCAGCAAUGCAGGGGCGUGACAUGAUUGGGCGUGCUAGAACUGGAACAGGAAAGACUCUUGCUUUUGGCAUUCCCAUCAUGGACAAGAUCAUUAAACACAACGAUAAAUAUGGAAGAGGAAGGAAUCCAUUAGCCAUUGUGUUGGCUCCUACUAGAGAGCUAGCUCGCCAAGUUGAAAAGGAAUUCUAUGAAUCUGCACCGAAUCUAGACACUCUGUGUGUCUAUGGGGGAUCACCCAUUCAACGCCAGAUGAGCACUCUUGAUCGAGGUGUUGAUGUGAUUGUAGGCACCCCUGGACGUGUUAUUGAUUUGAUCAAAAGAGGUGCUUUGAAUCUAUCAGAAGUUAAGUUUGCAGUUCUUGAUGAAGCUGAUCAGAUGCUCAAUGUUGGAUUUGCUGAUGAUGUUGAAACAAUCCUUGAUUAUUUGCCAAAAGAACGUCAAACCAUGAUGUUUUCUGCUACUAUGCCAAGUUGGAUUGUCAAACUUACCCAUAAAUAUCUCAAGACACCCUUAACAAUUGAUCUUGUUGGUGAUUCAGACCAAAAAUUGGCUGAUGGGAUAACACUAUAUUCUAUUUCAUCAGAAAUGCGGGAGAGACCAUCACUUAUAGGACCACUAAUAACAGAGCAUGCGAAUGGUGGGAAAUGUAUAGUUUUCACCCAAACAAAGCGUGAUGCAGAUCGAUUAUCAUAUGCCUUACAAAAGAGCUUCAAAUGUGAAGCUUUGCAUGGAGACAUUUCACAAAAUCAAAGGGAGAGAACUCUUUCAGGGUUUAGAGAUGGGCGAUUCAAUGUUUUAGUAGCCACUGAUGUUGCUGCACGUGGCCUUGAUGUUCCUAAUGUUGAUCUGAUUAUACAUUAUGAACUUCCCAACUCAUCAGAAAUAUUUGUUCAUCGAUCUGGGCGAACGGGUCGUGCUGGAAAGAAAGGAAGUGCAAUUCUCAUGUAUUCUUCUCAACAGUGGAGAGAUGUCAAGGGAUAUGAGCGUGAAGUAGGAUGCAAAUUUUCAGAGCUUCCUCCAAUUGCUGUUGAUCCUGCAUCAAGAAUUGAGAUGGGUGGCGGUUUUGGUUCUUCUGGUGGCAGAUUUGGUGACUCUGGAUUUGGUGGUAGAUCGGGCGGCUUUGGUUCUUAUGGUGGCUCGUCACCACGUGGUGGUGGCGGCGGCGGCUUUGGUAGGCCUAGUUAUGGCGGCUCAGGUGGCGGUGGGUUCAGAGGGCCGAGCUCUGGUGGACGGUCUGGUGGCUUUGGUGAAGAUUCGAGUCGGUCAGGUGGGGCGGGUCGUAGAAGUGGGUUCGGGGACUUUGGUUCGGACCGGUCUGGUGGUUUUGGUGGCGGACGGUCAGGUGGGUUUGGUGGUGGUUCGGACCGGUCAAGUGGGUUUGGGUCGGGUGGAUUUGGUAGUCCGCGGUCUGGUGGUGGUGGUGGUGGUGGUGGUGGUCGGUUUGGUAGUUUUGGAGAAGAUAAAGAUUUCUAAUCUGUUUGCAAGCAGGUUAGAAUGAAUGAUAAUGAUAUUGAAGGCAGCUGUUAAAGUCGUAUAUGGAAGAAGUGGAUGAGAUAUUGAGUUGAAAGCUUGGUGAAAUGGUAGAGUAAUAGAAAGCCCCCAAAUUGGAUAUGUGCUUCCAAAUUCCAAUAUGAUAUUAGUUGUUUUUUUGGUUAUUAUUAUUAUUAUUAGUAUUAAUUAAGCAUACGACUAGUAAAAACAUGGUCAUGGUGAUGGUGUUUUUAACAUUUUAGUGAAGUAGACGAAAGAGGAACCAAUCCUAUCUGUAAAUCUAUUUUGGGACUUAUUUGGGUUAACAAUAAAUACGUUGAUGAAGCUUUAUUAUGAAUUUUUAAUGAAAAUCUCUACUACAC